AUGUCCAUUGAAGAGGAGUCUGGGGCCUCACUGCCUGCAGCAUCGAAGACUAAGGCAGAGCACAUCCACGAAAUCGAUGAGACAUUCCUGCAGCUUGAGGCAGCCCUAAAGAGACAGAAUGACCUGACGGGGGACAUGAUAGUGGCAAAGAAUACGAUCAUCGGGAACUUAAGCUCUCUAAUGACAGUGUGUGCUUUCAUCGGCGCCGUGCAGGCGCAAGUCAUCGACUGGACACGAGAGGAGAACAACACCAGCCUCGAGAUCUUCACGAACUUCGUCUCCUUCUUUGGCCUCACGCUGGACAUCCUCGGCGUAGGCACGGGCGUCAUCCGGCAGCUCAUGCUGCAGCACUCCGUCAAACGCAUGGAGACUCAAGCUACGCGUCUUCGCGACAACGCCGAUAGGUUGCAACGGCAAUUCCAUCGCUUGCGAAGCGGCACCGCAUUUCCAGACGAUCUACAAGGGCCUAGGGGGCAGCGAUUUCUUAAGAAUGCGUACACGAUCAAAGAUCAGCUCGCGAAACAGAUAGCACUCUUAGACGACAUGCGAGAGAUCCAGCGGUUUCGGUCCGAUCUAAUCUUCACAGACAGGGUGGACGAUUCGGAGGAUGCGGAGAAGCGCCAUGGCGUUGAGGAUUCGUCUUCGUCUCUGCUAUCCUCGGCUGGACCCAGUUAUGAAGCUCGAAGACGGAGUAGUAUGGGCACUGCUAUGCAGUUCGUCCGAGCGAUGCCGCAUCAGCUGCCCAUGGUGUCAAUGGGAGGGGGGAUAUUCUUUCUUUUAUGUUCUGUGAUUUGGCUGGCAACAUCGACGCAACCCAAGUUGAUAUGGGUCCCGUGUCUAGUGGCCGCCGCAGUCACACUUGUGUGCACAUUGGUGCCUAGUGCUUGGUUCUAUGAGGGAAAUAUGGAGCAACUACUCAACGAAGAGAUUGAGGCAUACGAAGAACAUUUCCAGAAAGUGAAUUCUCAAGGCGUGACCUGUGUACCAGUGUGCCAGAGCCUGCGAAGGGAACCCAAACAAUUGCUAACCUCUACACCAUAUCUUUUGAGGAUCCUCUUGACGCAGCCUGGGCUCAUUUUGCCCAAGCAAUAUUCAUCCGUCAGCCGACGCAAACCAGGCGGCCCGUCUGACAAUCCAGGCUUGAUGACCUGCAAAACCUCGUCACCAGAGUCGCUUGAGGAGUCGUCAUCAGGGGUACAGGAGUCCCUCCACUCCACUCCCAUAGACCCUCCUAUAAUCGAUGCCUCUCUUCGGAAAAUCUCAUCACGAUGUGAGAAGACUGCGCCAGCUCGUCGCCAUGACCAAGCGACAAAUAUGGCUGGUGCCACUGGCUUCGCUCCCAGUCAUACAACGACUGGUACUGGUCCAGGUCCCGCUGCCGCAGGCUACAUGGCGGCGCCGGGGACUGGUGCUGGCGCUGGACCCUUGGCGUCGGGUGUAAACCAAACCCCGUACAACCAUAACAGCUCUAAUAUUCAGCGACGAGAUGGAGGUGUUGGUGCUAGCCAAGGCGUCAACGAUCCUUACUCGUCCGUGACUGGCGCAGGCACAGGUGUCGGGUACGGUUCAGCAGAUAUACCCCCCGCAAGUACCUUGGGCCACGGCAAUGAAAGACACCGAGAUGGCUCUGGCAAGCGUUUCUCAGGCAAGGUCGAGCACGCUGUCGGAUCCAUGCUAGGCAGCAACGCGCUGAAGGCUAAAGGAUUGCAGAAGCAGCACGAAGCAGACUCCAUUAACCUUCAAAGUCAAGAACUGGCUGAAGCAGAGCGCCUGGAAGCUGAGGCUCUUAAACGAAGGGAAAGAGCGGUCGCUCACGGCGCGCACCCGGAUAACCAAAUUUUAGGAGGCGGGACAGGUUAUUAA